CCGCCACUUCGAGGCAGGAGGGAAGAGUGAGGAGGUGGAGAGAGAGAGAGAGAGAAAGUGCGAGAAGGAGGCAGAUGGGAAGUGUAAGAGUCCACCCAUGUGCGCAUAAAGUCAGCCUUCAGUCAAUACAACUUUUGUGUCGUCAGCAGGUCAGAGGUGAUUAUGUCGAAACGUUCGUCCAACGUCAAGGCCCUGCAGGCUAAUCUGAACAUCCCGAUGGGAGCUCUGCGUCCGGGGGCGGGACAUCCUGUGAGGAGGAGAGAGGAGAUGGCAGACACACCUGAGGCCCACUCGCCGACGGAACAGCCGAGCGACGCCACGCACACGGCGCAGGAGGAAAAAAAGAUUUUGCCCGGCGCCGUCAAAUUGCCGGGACCAGCCGUCAACCUGUCGGAGCUCCAGAACGUCAAGAGCGAAUUACGAUGGGUCACCAAAGAAUAACGCAAAGAACGAGCUUCCAGGUGGUGAGGAAGGACGACCGACACAUCCUGGUUCCCGCGGCGGCGGCGCUACAAAACCACAAUCGCAUCAUAACAUCAACAAAUUUGUUUGGCCUGUUGUUGUUGACUUGCUGCUAAACUCGAGCAUAAUUCAUACACUGCGAUCCCAACUGAGAGACCGACGUGAUGCGUUUCCGUCGCGGAGACUGAGCGAGUUAAGCCUAACUCGGGUUUUUGGGGGGCCUUUUCAGUCGAUGAAGGUGAACCACAAGAGACACUUUCUUCCUCCGUUCUUAGAAAAGUAUUCGACGGUCAUCAACGUCAUAUCUUGUCGGUCAGCGUGUUCGACUUUUUUGCGUUGUUUUUGGGUUGUUGUCAUCCGCGGGGGCAAUAAAUCAUUUUGGUUCAAAUGGCAA